AUGAAUAAAGAAGAAACCCUUGUGUUCAUAAAAUUAUAUCGUAAAAAGAAUAUUCUUUGGGAUCCAAAACAUCCAAAUCAUUAUAACAAGAAAGAAAAAGAAAAUGCAUGGAAAGAAAUUUCAAAAGAAAGUAAAAAAUCUGUAGAUGAAUGCAAGAAAAAGAUAGAAUAUCUUUUGGCAGCUCUUAGAAGGGAGAAAAUGAAAAUAAAUAAAUCUAUUGGAUAUCAAAGUUCUUGGUUUGCUUUUGAUAGUAUGAAAUUUAUAUUGGAAAAAAGUAAAUAUAUUCAACCAUCUAAUUUGGCCCAAGGUGAUCAAGAAUUUAAUAAGUCAGGAACACUGAAACGUGAAGAAUUCUCAUCUUCAAAAUUACAGAACAAGGAUACCAAUUCCAACCAUUGCUCUCAACAAAUCGCAAUAAAAAGAAGAAAGUUACAAUCAUGCGUUCAGCAACAAUGUUGCGUCAGAGAUUGUGAAUUAUCAACAACCACAAAGAACGUGGUUGAUGAUGAAUGUUUCCAUUUUGGAAAUUUGGUGGCUUCGAAAUUGCGUAUUUACAAUAAUCAUGUACGUUGUUUCAUUCAAAAUGAUAUUUUGAAUAUAUUUCUCAAAGCCAACAAAGGCUAUUAUAAUAAUCUUAACUUUUCACCUAAUCAUAUACUAGAAGAGACAGUUACUGUCAAUCCAAGUUAUCCAUCUACUUAUACUCACUCUCCUGCAGCUUCCAUAUCAUCUCAUAAUUCUUAA